GAGCUGCUUAAAAUCAAGCACGAGCUGACAAAAGAAAGGGAUGAAAAGCUGUCUGAAAUUGCCAGAGUAAGGGUUUUUGAUUUCAUAUUUCCAUUCAAAUUUUCUUUCGCUCUUUUACAUGCUCUGUGAAUUUUCAUGAGCCAGCAAAUGUUCAACAAAAAUUUCAACAUAAAACCGUCUUUAUACACUAAGUUAUCGCGUGCAGUUUAGUAACUUUGCAAAAACAUCUACGUUAUCGUGUUUUAAAAAAGUAUGAAAAGUAAGACUCGCAAAUCCGUGCAAAGCAAAUGCUAGACCCUGUUGUCAUUUUUUGUAGAAACAGGUAAAUAUGGGGUCCCUUAUAAAUUUUUAUGUCUGCCACAAAUUUCCAUGAAACCUCACAGACUCCUUGAUAUUGAUAUUUUUUAAUAAAUGUGUAUUAACAAGCAACGAAUAUGAUUUUUUUUCAGUAAAAAGUUAGAAAGCACAAUGAUCUUCUAAGUGGUCCAUUAGAUCUUAAAUUGAUAGACGACAGACAUCCAUAGUUAUACAUUAGGUUACAUUCGCAUGACUUUUUUUUUUUUUGACAGCUGAAAGAAGACAUUCAAGUCCAAAGUAAUAAAGCUCAGCGAGAAGCUAGAAAAAGAGAGGAACUUAAAAAGGAGUUGAGUCAAGCAAAGAGCGAUUUAGAAAAUAGAACUGCUGAGCUGCAGACAAAAGCAGAAAAUCUUCAACGUGCACAGGAAGACAUCACAAAACUUGACCAGCAACUCAAGGAAGAGAGGGUAAAUUUGUUAAGAGUUUUUAUUCAAUUUUCGUUUAUCUUCAAAAAAAAACUUUUAGGCUUCCCUUGGUCAUGGAUACUUCUUUAAUUAGAGAGGAAUGGCUUCCAAGUGUUGAUGAUAAUAUUUGAUUUAUUUUAGAUAAUGAAUGAAAAAGCUAUGGAGUAUACGGAUGCGUUGAAUGCUCGCCUAAACAAAGUCCAGCAAGAUUUUGAUCAGCAACUUGUCAGCAUUGAUCGACUGGCCACGGAAAACGCACAGAAAGGUGCCGAGUUAAAGGCAAAGGAAGACGAGAUAAACGGACUGAGACAGGAAACACUACACCAAAGUGCAAUGGCAGAAGCCAUCCAGAGAAAGCUGAGAGCCAUUGAGGAUCUGAAGAUUGAGGUUGAACAACGCGAAGAAACUCUUAAAGGACAAGUUUCUGGCUUGAAAAAAGGUAAGUGGAAUGAUGGUAUGAAAAAAGAAUGUUUGUCUUUUGUGAAACUAGGCAGAUCUCAGACAUAUCUGGCUUUCCCUUUUUCUCAGUUCUAGAGUAGCCCCAACAAGGCAAAGUCACCUUAAUCAAGAUUUUGCUGUAGAUUUAAGGGACUUACACAUAUAGACAAGGUCAACUACAAAUUGCAGCUUUUUUCAAGCAUUAUCCUAUAAAUAAGUUAUCUUUGUUGUAUGAUUAGUACUAAGGUGAGCUGCAAUUUAUGCAACGGCAGGAAAGAAGCUUUUCCAGUCUCCCAGACACUAGUUGUGUGCAACUACCAACUGAGCUACUAAGCCACAGACUGGUAGUGGGGCACAACAUAAAGGAUCCUUAUGAUGAUAAACUUUUAGUUCAAUGUUAGAAAUUAUGUUGCUAUUCAUUGUGGUGAAUACACGGUGAGAUAAACGAUAAAACAUCUAUUAAAUUCUUUAGCUCUCCUUAAAAUCUAUGUCAUUAUAAAUAAUGAUAAUUAGAUUGUCAAACAUACUCACCAAUUAAGAUUACUCAAAUGAGAUGUAACCAUUACAAUCUAUAAACUCUCCCUUCCUUUAUUGUAAUCAGAACUUGAAUCAAGCAGAACGGAAGCUGAAGCAGAUAAAAAAGCCAUCGAUGAUCUUGUCUGCGAAAGGGACAUCCUUAACCAGGUACUUUACUCUUAUCGAUUUUACUCUUAAUCUGGGCUUAGGAGUUUUGUGGUUUCGGUUUUUAGAAGGGAAUGUUAUAUCUAAUAUUUGAUUUUAUUUUUGUGAAUAAACCUUUUAAAAAAUUUUGAAUUUGGAGUCAAGUGGUUCUUGUUGUCGGAACUCAUCCCGUUUGCUGUGUUUUGAAUGAACCUGGAGUAUUUACUUUCCUCCUGGAUAAGCCGCUGGCAAAUAUCUGUAUUCUAAAUUUUGAAGACAAAAACAUCUUCACACAGUUGCUCAUCGUGUGUUCUUAAGUAAAUUAUUAAAGUUAGCGAAAAUGCAGUUUUUGACUCAUUACAACGUAUGACUCUAAACUUGCCAAUCUAUAUCAAGUAAGUGCUAGACCCUGUUGUCAUUGUGUUGUAGAAACUGGCAAAUAUAAGGUCUCAUAGAAAUAUUGAUAUGUUUGCCACAAAUGUCGAUGAAACCUCUCCGACUCCCCAAUAUUGCUAUGUAUAUAACAACAAUGGUUAUUAAAAAGCAACGAAUAUGAUUUUUUUGUUCCAGUAAAAAGGUUAGAAAGCAAGAUUAUCUUCUUAGGUGUCCAUCACAUUUUAAAAUUAAUGAAAACAGUUUUCCAUGGUUAUACAUUUGGUUAAAUUUGUAGGAUUUUUUUUGUUUCCGCAGUUUAAAGUAGACAUCCAAGUCCAAAGUGAUAUAGCUCAGAAAGAAGCUAGAAAAGGAGAGGAACUUAAAAAGGAGUUGAGUCAAGCAAAGAGCGAUUUAGAAAAUAGAACUACUGAGCUGAAAAUAAAAACAGAAAAUCUUCAACGUGCACAGGAGGACAUCACAAAACUUGACCAGCAACUCAAGGAACAGAGGGUAAAUUUGUUAAGAGUUUUUAUUCAAUUUUCAUUUAUCUUCAAACGUUCAUGUCAAUAUUCGUGUGAUAGAAAAAAAAACUUUUAGGCUUUCCCCGGUCAUGGAUACUUCUUUAAUUAGAGAGGAAUGGCUUUCAAGUGUUGAUGAUGAUAUUUGAUUUAUUUCAGAUAAUGAAUGAAAAAGCUAUGAAGUAUACGGAUGUGUUGAAUGCUCGCCUAAACAAAGUCCAGCAAAGUUUUGAUCAGCAACUUGUCAGCAGUAAUCGGCUGGCCACAGAAAACACACAGAAAGCAGCCGAGUUGAAGGCAAAGGAAGAGGAGAUAAACGGGCUGAGACAGGAAACACUGCACCAAAGUACAAUGGCAGAAGCCAUCCAGAGAAAGCUGAGAGCCAUUGAGAAUCUGAAGAUUGAGGUUGAACAACGCGAAGAAACUCUUAAAGGACAAGUUUCUGGCUUGAAAAAAGGUAAGUGGAAUGAUGGUAUGAAAAGAGGAAUGUUUGUCUUUUGUGAAACUAGGCAGAUCUCAGACAUAUCUGGCUUUCCCUUUUUCUCAGUUCUAGAGUAGCCCCAACAAGGCAAAGUCACCUUAAUCGUGAUUUUGCGCGUAGAUUUAAGGGACUUACAAAUAUAGGCAAGGUCAACUACAAAUUGCAGCUUUUUCCAAUUAUUAUCCUAUAAAUAAGUUAUCUUUGUUGUAUGAUUAGUACAAAGAUGAGCUCCAAUUUAUGCAACGGCAGGAAAGAAGCUUUCCAGUCUCUCAGACACUAGUUGUGUGCAGCUACAGACUGAGCUACGAAGCCACACGCUGGAAGCAAGGCACAAUUUAAAGGAUUCUUAUGACUAUUAACUUUUAGUUCAAUGUUAGAAAUUAUAUUGCUAUCCAUUGUGGUAAAUCUUUUGAUAGAUGUUGUAUGGUUCGUGUCACGAUAUGGAGUCAGGCGAACAAUUCAUAUCGAUUGCCUGACUCAAUAUAAUGAGAUAAACAAUAAAACAUGUAUUAAAUUCUUUAGUUCUCGUUAAAAUCUAUAUGUCAUUACAAAUGAUGAUAAUUAGCUUGUUCGACAUACUUAUCAAUUAAGAUUACGCAAAUGGGAUGUAACCUUUACAAUCUAUAAACUCUCUCUUCCUUUAUCUUAUUCAGAACUUGAAUCAAGGAAAAAUCAAGCUGAAGCAGAUAAAAAGGCCAUCGAUGGUCUUGUCUGUGAAAGGGACAUCCUUAACCAGGUACUUUACUCUUGUCAAUUUUGUACUUAAUCUGAGCUUAGGAGUUUUGUGUUUUUGGUUUUUAGAAGGGGAUGUUAUAUUUAAUACUUGAUUUUAUUUUUGUCGACAAAUCCUUUAAAAAAUUUUAAUUUGGAGUCAAGCGGUUCUUGUUGUCGAACCUCAUCCUGUUUACUACGUUAGAAAUGAACCGGAGUAUUCACAUUCCUCCUAGUUAAACCACGAGCAUAUAUCUGUACUCUAAAUUUUAAAGACAAAAACAUCUUCAUACAGUAGCUCAUCGUGUGUUCUUAAGUACAUUUUUAAAGUUGGAGAAAAUGCAGUUUUUGACUCAUUACAACGUAUGACUCUAAACUUACCAAUCUAUGCCAAGGAAGUGCUUGACCCUGUUGUCAUUUCUUUGUAGAAAUUGGCAGAUAUAGGGUCUCAUAUAUAAAUCUUGAUAUGUUUGCCACAGAUGUCCAUGAAACCUCUCAGACUCCCUAAUAUUGCUAUCUUUAUAAAUGGUUACUAAGAAGCAACGAAUAUGAUUUUUUUGUUCCAGUAAAAAGGUUAGAAAGCAAGAUUAUCUUCUAAGGUGUCCAUCACAUUUUAAAUUAAUGGAAACAGUUUUCCAUGGUUAUACAUUUGGUUAAAUUUGUAGGAUUUUUUAUUUCCACAGUUUACAGUAGACAUCCAAGUCCAAAGUGAUCAAGCCCAGCGAGAAGCUAGAAAAGGGGAGGAACUUGAAAAGGAGUUGAGUCAAGCAAAGAGCUAUUUAGAAAAUAGAACUGCUGAGCUGAAAACAAAAACAGAAAGUCUUCAACGUGCACAGGAAGACAUCACAAAACUUGAUCAGCAACUCAAGGAACAGAGGGUAAAUUUGUUAAGAGUUUUUAUUCAAUUUUCAUUUGUCUUCAAACGUUCAUGUCAAUAUUCGCGCGAUAGAAAAAAAAACUUGUAGGCUUCCCCUGGUUAUGGAUACUUCUUUAAUUAGAGAGGAAUGGCUUUCAAGUGUUGAUGAUGAUAUUUGAUUUAUUUCAGAUAAUGAAUGAAAAAGCUAUGGAGUAUAUGGAUGUGUUGAAUGCUCGCCUAAACAAAGUCCAGCAAGGUUUUGAUCAGCAACUUGUCAGCAUUGAUCAGCUGGCCACAGAAAACACACAGAAAAAGGCCGAGUUGAAGGCAAAGGAAGAUGAGAUAAACGGGCUGAGACAAGAAACACUGCAUCAAAGUGCAAUGGCAGAAGCCAUUCAGAGAAAGCUGAGAGCCAUUGAGGAUCAGAAGAUUGAGUUUGAACAACGCGAAGAAACCCUUAAAGGACAAGUUUUUGGCUUGAAAAAA